AUGUCUAUUGGAUCAGUUUAUGAAACUGCAUAUAGAGGAGACUUUAACCAAGUUAAAGUAAAGGUUGACGAAGAUCAUGGAUUAAUAAAUGCACCAGACUCAAAUCAGCGACUUCUUAUUCAUUGGGCAGCACUGGGUGGGAAUCAAAACUUAGUGGACUUUUUGUUAGACUUUGGAAGUCCUGUUGAUCCUUUAGAUGACACCAAUUCAACUCCUUUAAUACUAGCCUCUUCAGCUGGAAGAUUAGAAGUAGUAAAGUUAUUGCUAAGCAAAGGAGCUAAUGUUAAUAAGAAAACAACUAGAGGCCAGUCAUCUUUGCAUUAUGCAUGUUCAAAAGGUCAUGUAGAGGUCUCUAAGUUGCUAUUAAACUUUGACGCAAAUGUCAAUGACACUGAUGUUUUAAGUGCAACUCCUCUACAUCGUGCUGCAGCACAAGGUAGAAACAAUAUUGUUGAACUCCUUUUGGCAUCACCUCAAAUAAAAGUAGAUAUGUGUGACUCUACUGGUUCAACACCCUUACAUAUAGCAUGUGAAGAAGACAGAGAAGCAGUGGCGUGCAUGCUCGUCAAAGCUGGAGCAGACUUGAGGUUGGUUAACAAAGAAAAAAAGACACCCCUCGACUUGUGUUCUGUUAAGUUGAGUAAUGUUUUGUCUACCUUGGUGAAAUAA